UGGUGUCGUCAAUGGUGAGUCGGUCCAAAAUCCAAAUAACAACAUUCGAAACAAAGUAAACAAACAAUAAAGUCGGGAGAAAAUCAGGAGCAGAAGCCGCCUCCUCCUCCUCCUCCUCCUCUAUUCUCAAUUCAAUCUCCUUUCCCCCAUCGAUUUCCGUGUCUUUGUUCGAGUUCGGACUAGCUGAGGUAGUCGCUAGGGUUUGCAGGAUUUGAUCGAUUGAUGCGCAUUUGGGAGUGGAGCGACCGAAGAAGAUGCAGCAGCCUCCGCAGAUGAUCCCCGUCUUGCCUUCAUUCCCACCCACCAACAUCACCACCGAGCAGAUUCAAAAGUAUCUUGAUGACAACAAGAAGUUGAUUCUAGCUAUAUUGGACAAUCAAAAUCUUGGCAAACUCGCUGAGUGUGCCCAGUACCAGGCUCAGCUGCAAAAGAAUUUGAUGUAUUUAGCCGCAAUCGCUGAUGCCCAGCCACAGGCACCACCAAUGCCUCCCCAGAUGGCUCCUCAUCCAGUGAUGCAACAAGGUGGAUAUUUCAUGCAACAUCCUCAGGCGGCUGCUGCUGCUGCUGCUAUGGCUCAGCAGCCAGGUCUUUUCCCUUCGAAGGUGCCAUUGCAGUUCACUAGCCCCCAUCAGUUGCAAGACCCGCAGCAGCAGUUACACCAGCAGCAUCAGCAGGCCAUCCAGGGUCAAAUGGGCAUGAGACCGGUGGGGCCCAGCAAUGGCCUUCAUCCCAUGAACAUGGAGACUACUUUGGGAGGUGCGAGUGCUGGAGGACCGCAUCCAUCAGCAGGUCCAAGUGACGCCCGUGGAGGAAGCAAGCAAGAUGCUUCUGAGACUGGGACAACUGGUGCUGGUGGUCAGGGCAACUCAGCAGCUGGGCAUCAGGGUGGCGAUGGAGAAUCAUCACUCAUGAAGGGUUCUGAGGAGGCAAAGUGAUGGGCUCUUCGGUUGCUUGCAUAAGCGACUAGUGGCUGUUGAUAGUAGGUUUAUCGGAACCUAGUGUUGCUAUUUGAUCUUUAUUAGUGCUUUAGACAUGAGAUUUUUGUCCUUUUUUUAUACUUCUGAUCUGACAAAUAGAGUUAGGGGUUUUGUGUUGCAAGAGAUUGGUCGUGCAAUAUCUCUGCUAUUUGGGUGCUGCGAAGUUUUGUCAUGAGAGUGAUGGGAAGCCCGCGCCUCAGUCACUCUUCCUUCUGUUCUUGGGGACUGAGUGGAUUGUGAUGUCGAUGGCAAUGUUAGAUCUUAGGUAAAUGGAGUAGUAUCUGCUUGAUGAGAGAUGAGCAGUCUCUUGUGCAGUGUUGAUUUCAGUUACUGUAAUCUACAUGCCUAGUGCUCAUCUUCCCCACUGUGGGAGGGGUCCUCCGAUAGAGCUGUAUCUUGUAUCAGUAGCUUUUAUUGCUCUAGCGAUGGCUGUUGUAAUGGU